AUGUCUUUAGAAGUGACGAAAAAGGGGACUCAAAAGCCAACGCCACCGACGGCUGAUCGUAACGGGAACGGCGUGGCGGCCCUGCAGUGCAUGUCGACGAAUAACCGGUUACGGCUGAACCCUAACACGGAACACAAGCCGGAGAGCUACGAGGGUUUGCAGUUGGAGUUCAGUCCGCUUCUGUUCAGCUCGCUCGAACGUUACUUGCCUCCUCCGAUGCUCUCACACUCUCGCGACUCCAAGCUCCAUUACAUGCGCGACAUUAUCCUUCGUUACUCUCCUGAAGGCGAACGUACUCGCGCUCAAAUGCAGCGAGAAUACAGGCAAAAGAUUAUAUCACACUAUCAGCCGCUGCAUAAGGAAUUGUAUACCAUGAAUGCUUCCAACUUCCUUGCUCCAUCAUUUGUCAAAGCAAUUAAUGAGAAUAGAGAGGAAAGUUUUAGAAGAAUCAUGACUGAACCUUCCCAAGGAGUUUUUACAUUUGAAAUGCUUCAGCCCCAUUUCUGUGAAUUGUUGUUAUCUGAGGUAGAGAACUUCGAAAAAUGGGUCCAUGAGACAAAAUUCAGAAUCAUGCGACCAAACACAAUGAACAAAUUUGGUGCUGUUUUAGAUGACUUUGGUCUGGAGACCAUGCUUGACAAGUUGAUGGAGGACUUCAUCCGACCUAUAUCCAAAGUUUUCUUCUCUGAUGUUGGUGGAUCAACGCUGGACUCUCAUCAUGGUUUUGUCGUUGAAUAUGGAAUUGAUAGGGACAUUGAGCUUGGUUUUCAUGUUGAUGAUUCAGAAGUCACCUUAAAUGUUUGCCUGGGUAAACAGUUUACUGGUGGGGACUUAUUCUUUCGAGGUGUUCGUUGUGAUAAUCACGUCAAUACGGAAACCCAGGAAGAUGAAGUUUUGGAUUAUUCUCAUGUUCCAGGACGUGCAGUUCUUCAUCGAGGGCGCCAUAGGCAUGGUGCAAGAGCCACAACAACUGGUCAUCGGGUCAACUUACUUCUGUGGUGCAGGAGUUCGGUUUUCCGGGAGCUGAGGAAAUAUCAGAAAGAUUUGUUAAGCUGGUGCGGAGAGUGCCACCGUGAGAAAAAAGAAAGGCAGAGAAUUUCAAUUGCAACUACAAAACAGGAAUUACUGAAGGAGGAAGGGAAAGCAGCGACUUGAAUCUAGUUGUGAAAUUGUAAAAACAGAUAGAUGGGGGAGUGUUGGCAUUUUUAAGCAAACUUCAUUGUUGCCGAAUUGGGUGGAAUAUUAUGGUAAAAG